AUGUUCUUGGCCGUGCUGCUCCUCUCUGUGGCCAUCAGUGCCUACACGGUGACCUUCGUUGCGGAUCCGCACUACGACCCUCUCUAUAAGGAAGAUUCCAACCCCAGCGAGAAUUGCCGCGUCAGUGGUGGUGCAGCACCUAAUAUAACUUAUCCGUAUGGCCAAUACAAAUGUGGAGCAGUUGACAAAGCGCUGGAUGUGCUCGUGGAUGCUCUCCGUCAGACAACUAAGACGUCUAACAUCUCUUUCAUGAUCGGCGACGCCAUCCUAGGUAAGCAUGCAAAUCGUGAGGACCAUGACCAGGCGAUUAAAUCCUUGUAUGAUAAGAUUCGCAGCGGAAUCAACGGACCUCUUUACCCCGUACUGGGCAACACCGAGUUCUAUGGGAUCAAUCAUUCAUCAUCCAACGAAGAAAUUCUCUCACAGAUUGAGAAGCUUGGUAAGCUUACCGGCCUUGAGAGUGUUUCUCCAUCGGCGUACAAACAAUUUCUUAACGGUGGCUACUACUCUGUUAGGGAUGGCAGACUAAAGUUUAUAGUCAUCAACACGGGGCUGUAUAACUCUCUUCAGAAGAGGGAGGAAGAGGAUCCUCUUGGGCAAGUGGCCUUUGUUAAGGCGGAGUUGGAGGAUUGCCGUAAGUCUAAGUGUCGGGUGGCAGUAAUACAGCACAUCCCCUUGAUGAUGUCCACGUACACUGGUACAUAUACCAUGCAGCAAAGGUACUCUGAUGCUCUAAGGCAUUUGUACUGCGAAUAUUAUGACGUGGUAGCGAACAUUCACGCUGCAGAGGAUCACCGCGACGAGUUCAAACUGAUUUACUGUCAGAGCAACGCUUCAGGAAUCCCUCUCUUCAUGCUGCCUGCCAUCUCUCCGAAUAGAUACAAUAACCCGGGAUAUAGACAGGUCGAGCUUUCGCCGAAGACCGGCAACGUUAUGGACUAUGUACAAUACUACCUAGACUUAGGGCUGGCCAACAUCAAAACGCGUACAGAAAACGUCUACACAAGGCAUCGUACCGGACAUAAUGUUCCAACGGCCACUUAUAAUCUCGAGUACCGCUUCAGUGACGAGUACGGCUCUUCCAUUGCGAAACACCUAAACGAUCAGGAACUUAUAGUGGCCUCCAUGAAAACUGAGGGAUGGGGGACAUACACCCCCAUGCGCGCUCUGUACCUGGCCCUACAGAAUGACCCAGAUGUUUGGAGCGUCUUCCACUCUCAUAUGAGCUCACUGUGUUACGACAAGAAGAUUUCCUUUAUCUGUGCGGCUAGAGCCAUUACGAUAGAGUCAUACAAGUCAUGUUUAGCCAAGUUGCAGUGA